CUUUCAUUUUAAAAGAGGGCUGUGUGCAUCAUCCAAUCAACUCUUUCUCUCUCUCUCUCUCCUCCUAGCUAGCUAGCUUGUUCAUCUUGUUCUUCCAAGUCUUCCUGCUAGGUCUUUCUUCGGGGACAUGAGCGGGAGCAACUUUGGAGACAGCAUGGGGUGGGGCAGAUCGUCCGGCUCCAGGAAGGGCAAGAGAGGCGGCGGCGGGAGCAGCGCCAGUGGCGCCGACAAGCCGAAGCAGCCGCAGCGUGGGCUCGGCGUGGCUCAGCUCGAGAAGAUUAGGUUACAGAGCGAAAUGGCUGAGUACUUCCAUCCGAUUGGUAGUCAGCCACCCAGCUUGAUCCACAGAACGGCCAGCCUCAAUUUGGAGGAUACGCGGGCGUCAACAUCCUCGCUUUCUUCGUCCCCAUCGUCCCCCUUCCAUGCUACCGCCGUCUCGUCGCCCUUCCCGGUCCAUCCGAAUUUUGGGAUGGCAUACGGGGAGAGAGGAGACGCACGAUAUGGUGAAUUCCAGACUCCCAUCAUCAGAUCACCAAGCAGCAGCACUAUCUACGGGCCACCACAUUACGCGCCUCCUGGUGUCACAUUGCCACUGUUUGCAACAGAGGAAUCUACCCAUUUGAGAGGGCACCAUGACCGGAGCCGGUCGGCUGAUUCAACGAGUAUGAACUUCGACGAUCCACAAGACAUGGAUCUUGAGCUCAAGCUAUGAUCCUCAAAUGUUCUUCUUCUUACGUUCACCUCUCGUUUGAUCUUAUAUGACAAAUUCCUUUCUUUAGCCUUGAUGGUUUUUUUCCUUCCUUGUGGUGCAAUAAGUUUCUGAAUUGGUGCCACUAGCUAGAACCAAGGAUUUGCCAGCUUGUGUAAUGCGCAAAAGAUAAAAAGAGAGGAAUCGCAAUUCACAUUAUUUUUUACAUCAA